ACAAACACAACCUCUAACUCACUCAAUUCAACAGAGCACACAGAGAGAGAAGUAGCAAGCACUUGUUUCUUGGCAAUGGCAUUGGCUCAGGGAGCAGUCACUAUGUCAUUGAUGUCCUUGCCUUCGGCCGGACUGCGCAAGCCCCUUGUCUUCAAUCAGAUGAGAGCUAGCACACAGCAGAAAGGUGUAGGAAGUAACCGUCUUGUUGUCCGGGCAUCAGCCUCAUCGAUAGGGAAGGAACAGGUGGUUGCUGGAUUGACUGCUGCUGCUCUGGCUGCAGCGCUGCUGGUGCCGGAGGUGGCAGAGGCGGCGCAACCAGGGAUUUCUCCAUCACUCAAGAAUUUCCUGCUGAGUAUUGCUGCUGGUGGUGUUGUACUAACUGCAAUCCUUGGUGCAGUCAUUGGUGUAGCAAAUUUUGAUCCUGUCAAGAGGAGCUGAAACAUCAUCAAGUCUUCAGUAUAUAUAUAUAUAUAUCUCUAUUUCUCUUGAUGUUGUUUGAUCUUCAUGUCAAGUUUAUUUGUAAUUCAGCUUUUUAAUUUCUUACCAGUCUCUAAACUUUUUUAGUUUCAA